GACACGUCCAUCCACCAAUCAGAUUUCUAUGUUUGCGUUUAUCGCCAGCUGGUAAUCCACUGAAUCUUAUUCUGGGGAGUUUCGACUUCGUUGUGGCGGCGAACAGAAGAAAGAGAGAACUACACUGGCGCAACCAUGGUCAAGAUCUUCAUUGGCAACCUGUCUCAGGACACCGGGAAGGAAGACGUUGAAGCCCUGUUUACUCCGUAUGGCACAGUGACCGAAAGCGCCAAGUUUAAAAACUACGCUUUCGUCCACAUGGACGACCGGAAGUCCGCCACCAAAGCCAUCCGUGAGCUCCAUCUCUUCAAGCUGGAUGGCAGACCCAUCAAUGUGGAGCCCAGCAGAGGGAAGAACCAGGGCCCCGUGAAGCUCCACGUAGCCAAUGUAGAAAAAGGCUUCGACGAUGAGCUCCGUGUGCUGUUUGAAGAGUACGGCACAGUCAAAGAGUGCGCCAUUGUCAAGAACUUUGCCUUUGUACACAUGGACAACUCUGAUGAAGCCAUGGAUGCCAUAAAGGGCCUGGAUAACACAGAUUUUCAAGGAAAGCGCAUACAUGUUCAGGUAUCAAAAAGCCGACCCAGAGGGGGACCCGAGGACGAGGAAUAUCCACCUCCGCCGGGCAGAGGAGGCUACUAUCCUCCUCGUUACCCGGGGGACAGGCCCGAGCCUCCCUACAGAGACCACAUGCCGGCUUACCCUCCUCUGCCUCCGCCGCCCCCUCCCCCGAGACGAGCUGCGUAUCCCGACCGCGGCUAUGGCGACGCAGACCCCUACGGGAUGGUUGACUACUACGAGAAAUACAGAGCCCGUCCAUACGGCGUAGGGGGCUACGAUGACAGGCGCCCCACCUCCAACCCCCCUCCUCCGCCUCCUCCCUCGGCCCUGGUCAGGGAACGCCUCGGAAUGGGGGGCCCUAGCCCGUACGACCGGCCUCCUCCUGCACCACCCUCCUACAUGGCCAGAGACCGGAGCCCCAUCAGACGAGCCCCGCCUCCGCCUGCGAUGUCUGCUACUAACGGGUACCCCUACGAGAGGUCCCGGCUCUCCCCGCUGGCCAGGGCUCCGAUCUAUGCAGGGCCGAUGUUUGCAGCUCCCCGCCCCAGGGACCCCUUCUCGGACGGGACACAGCCACCGCCGCCGCCCCCUCGAUAUCCGGGCUACUAGGCCCACAAGAGCGCAAUUCAAGGUGAGAACAGUGAGCGGACGGAUUCUGACACGAUGGCUCUAGCAUUAAUACUUGCAUUAAUACCGUAUAUAGGCAUGAUAACGUGUCCAAACAUGUAACUACCUUUGAAAUCAAUGUGCUUAAUUAGUAAGUUGAAAAGGAACCACGUUUGCACCCAUCACCAUCUGCCAGACCUCUUAAUUCCUGUAGAUCUAGUCCGACAAGAGAUCAAUAAUAAAGAACUUUAACAUUACCCAAUAUAUUGUUGCUUUAACAUCAGAGAUCAGUCUUGCGCGGCUCCUGACUAAAACCCGCUCCUUGACAUGUGUGGUGUGCUCUCUUUCCAGGUUUAGAAUAUGACAAGAUCGUCGUCUGCUGAUGUGCGUGGCGCUAUACAUCCCCCUCGUCUUUGGCGGAUUGCGUUGCGUUCGCCUGAGACUUACUGGAAGAUACUGUAUUGCAGACAGCCCCCAUACUUUAAAACAUAUGAUUCCAUGUCUACAGUUCACGUAUUUUUCUGAGCUGUUUAUGCUUCUUCUGUUCCUCUUGCUUGUUUUACUAUUGAAAUACUUUAUUUGUUUAGCAGGAAAGGUUGCUGUCUGAGGUGCUUAGUAUAUUUCAGUGAGACGCAGUACUGUUAAUGGCAGAAAGCCCUCCGCUCAUAAAUCUUUCUAAAUAGAUAUGGACUCUGGUAAACUGACAUAAUUUCAUAAGGGAAGUCAUUCAAAUUAAAAAAAAAAAUUUAGUCUUUAACCAACGUUUGGUCACGAAAUCAAAAUUAUUCAGUGUAGUGGCAUGACGAAUCAAAAGUUUGGUUUUGUUCUUUUUUUAAACUUUGUGUUCUUUUCUUGCGAAAAAAGAAUAUAGCACCAUUAUGUUUGAUUUUAUUUACUUUACACGUUGCUUUUCCUUUGAAGGGUUUUUAAUAAAAACAAUCAAACAAAACACUCCGUUUUUAACUGUCAAGUCAUUCCUCGUUGGGCUAGGCCUCUUUAGUCCCAACUUGUCCGCCAUUCACCGGUCCAGAUGUGUACUCUGUAAUACCCGGGCAUUAAACCCUCCACUCCCCUUUGACACAUGGUGGGGUGUGUGGUCAGUUGUUUGCGACUCCAAACUGCUCUCAAAGUCACCGUCACCUGAGCAACCGAGCUUGCGAUGCAAAGCGAGGCGGCGUGCAGGGGAUAAAUAAUCAGAGCGGCUAACGUUGACGGUUGAAUUCAUCACCAUUUUCCCCAGUGUUUGACGGUAGAUAAAGUAGAUUUAGAUGCUGACGUUUCCACGCCUGUCCAUCUGCUGCGGCGCGUCGCCCCCGACUCGCAUGGAGCUGCGUGUGUCCUUAGCAACCGUUGCCUGCCUUGUGCCAAGCCCAUCAGUUCAGGUCAUGUUUCUGUCGUCUCGCGACAAUUGUUGAGUGAAAUCUUUUCAUUUCUCUGUCCAUUGAGUUCUCACUACAGUCCCACAUCCAGCUAUUGUCAGCUAUACAUUUGUACCACAAAUUGCAUGCAGUGUUGGUGUUCUUAGUGUUUUUGCUCUUUGUAGGUUGUUAGGCUCGGUGCAGGAGAUACCAGAUCAUGGUAAGUCCUCGGAGGAGGAAGAUGUGCAGCCUCCAAGGGAACAAAGGUAGGCAUUGUUUUUUUAAUCUUAAACACCACUUUCUAAUGUGACAAAUUGUCUCCUGACUCCCUCUUGUGUUUUUGUAAUGAUAUGCAGUUUGAAUAUUUAUUUUAAAGAUCAGAACAUUUAACUUUACCAGCACAGCAUAAAAAGUCACAUUUGUCUUCCUUUGUUAAUAAUAGAGUAUGAGGUAGCAAAGCUCUGGUGGGAUGAGUGGCUUCUCUGACUGUCUUUGUCUCCAGGCCGCCUUCUGCUCUGUCAACUGCAACGACCCAUGGAGUGAAUUACCUCAACGUCAUGAUUUGGGGAAAGAUGUGCUCAGACGUCCAUGUAUUUUAAGGAAGUGAAUUUGCUCCAAAAGUGAAGGUUUUUUGUGUCCGUUGGGGAAUCCGGAGGGAAUGUCCAGACCGGGGAAAACCCCUUCACUGGUUUCUCUGCUGCUGUUGAUGAAACCAAAAUAACUGGUUGGAUCAUCCCUACAGGUCCCAAUUGGGAUUGACUCUUAUGAACUUGAGACGUCUCAAACUGACGGCUCCCUCAAACCACCACAAUCUACAUGUAUCGCUAAACCACAUUGGUUAUUUGUGGCAUGACCUACACAAAAUGUAUUUGUUUCUUUGUAGCAUUUAUUUCGAUGGAUUUAUACACCUAAUAAAUUUCCUUUAUUGAAUUACAUUAUUCAGUUUGAAAACAUGUUGGUCUUCUACUUUAUUUAGACAAACUUCACUUGCCUUUAUAUUUUAUUAAGCAUACAGAAGCAAGGGUAUCUUUCGCCUUGAUGUAAAGGUGUUGACAUAGUGAUGUUUAUAUAAAUCAGUCUGAAUUGUG